UCUGUCGCAGAGUCAUGUGAUACGUGCUGCCUGUUCCCCCGUCACAGGAUAUAUCGUUUGGACACAGUAGCGAAGUUGAAUUAAGUUGAACGUUUUCAACUUUCAGACACUCCUGGUUUUUAAAUAAUGGCGGAUCAGCGGUUUGCCAUCGUCAUGUCUGUGAUGACUUUGUUUUGGGGAAUCGUUGGAGGAGUUGUGCCCUGGUUUAUCCCCAAGGGACCGAACAGAGGAGUUAUUGUCACAAUGUUGGUGCUAACUGCAGUCUGCUGUUACCUCUUCUGGUUGAUAGCAAUUCUGGCUCAACUGAACCCACUCUUUGGGCCAUCCCUAUCCACUGACAUCAUCUGGUACCUAAAUUUGGCCUGGGAUUAACUUGCCUUUCAAGAACUCCUUACUUUGCAGCAUUGACGGCCUGGACACUGAUGCUAUCCUUUUCCGGAGACCAUUCCUCAGCUCACCGAAAACCAAGAACUCUGUGCCUUCAGUUCUGGGAGUGAUGUCGGCGUGGGUGCCUUGCUUAAAAUGAUCUUCAAAAAAUUAAGAGAUUUUACUUGAUUUUUCUGAACCUUAAAUUAAAAACAGCCUUCACUUGCUGUUGUGUUUAUAUGUUGUGUACAUUGUGUGUAAUAGGAGUGUGAGUGACGUCUAAUUAAAUUGUUUUGAGGUUGACACAA